AUGGUGAACGAUUUACGAGUUUAUGAUUUCCGUACAACCGAGGAAAGACAUAGCCCUGGCUGCUAUAUCACAUCGACCACAUGGCACGAGAACGGUGUCAAGCAAUCGGAUUGGAUCUUCGAAGAGAGUUUCAUAGGAGAGGAUCAUUGCGUGGCUGUUGGAAGGAUCCUACCAUCUGAGCAAACAGCGACAGAAAGAGAACUCGCCCGUUCCACGAAAAACCUGUUCAAAAUGGUAACAUUUGAGAGUCUUCUGGAUGGCAGUUCCGUUAUAAAUCCACUGGAAGAUGAAGGAAUCGAGGAAUUCGGAAUAUUUGUUGAAAAACCAUUGAAACCUUUUGAGAUUGUAACUUGUUCUCGUUAUACGUCAAGUCUUUCAAUUGCUAUGAAUGUUCAUUUUUCUGAUUUGUAUAAAUUUACACGUGUCCAAAUGUUCAACACUGCAGAUCACCCA